AUGGCAGAAGAAGAGAUUGCAGCGCUCGUCAUUGACAACGGUUCCGGCAUGUGCAAAGCUGGUUUUGCUGGUGACGAUGCCCCCCGUGCUGUGUUCCCAUCCAUUGUUGGACGCCCAAGGCAUCAGGGUGUCAUGGUUGGUAUGGGGCAGAAGGACAGCUACGUAGGGGAUGAAGCACAGAGCAAGAGGGGUAUUCUGACCCUGAAGUACCCUAUUGAACACGGUAUAGUUACAAAUUGGGACGACAUGGAGAAGAUCUGGCAUCACACCUUCUACAAUGAGCUCCGAGUUGCUCCCGAAGAGCAUCCAGUCCUUCUCACAGAAGCCCCUCUGAACCCCAAAGCCAACAGAGAAAAGAUGACUCAGAUCAUGUUUGAGACCUUCAACACACCGGCCAUGUAUGUUGCCAUUCAAGCUGUGCUGUCCCUUUACGCCUCUGGUCGUACCACUGGUAUUGUUAUGGACUCUGGUGAUGGAGUAACGCACACUGUGCCAAUUUACGAAGGUUAUGCACUCCCUCAUGCAAUCCUACGUCUUGACUUGGCUGGCAGAGACUUAACAGAUUACCUAAUGAAGAUCUUGACCGAGAGGGGCUACAGCUUCACAACAACAGCAGAAAGGGAAAUUGUGCGUGACAUCAAAGAGAAGCUGUGUUAUGUUGCUUUGGACUUCGAGCAGGAGAUGGCCACUGCAGCAUCUUCGUCUUCGCUGGAGAAAAGCUACGAGUUGCCUGAUGGGCAGGUGAUCACUAUUGGCAACGAGAGGUUCCGGUGUCCAGAGGCACUUUUCCAGCCAUCCUUCUUGGGUAUGGAAUCGUGUGGCAUCCACGAGACCACAUUCAACUCAAUCAUGAAGUGUGAUGUUGACAUUCGAAAAGAUCUUUAUGCCAACACAGUAUUGUCUGGUGGGACCACCAUGUACCCAGGGAUUGCUGACAGAAUGCAGAAGGAGAUCACUGCACUGGCACCCAGCACAAUGAAGAUAAAGAUUAUUGCACCACCUGAACGUAAAUAUUCUGUCUGGAUUGGUGGCUCCAUCUUGGCUUCCUUAUCCACCUUCCAGCAGAUGUGGAUCAGCAAACAGGAAUAUGACGAGUCUGGCCCCUCCAUUGUCCAUCGCAAAUGCUUCUAA